AUGCAGCAAGCUUUAGAAGAAGCUUUGGAUCGUGCCGACUGUCUCAUUGAAAGUGCCCAACUGAUACCUCCUAAAAGGAAAUGCUUGUCGAGUGGAACAAAAUCGAUAUUUCAAAAACUUCAUGACUUGUAUGUCGAAGAAUGUGAAAAAGAGCCUGAGGACGUGCAGGAAUUAAGAACAAAUGUGAACCUGUUAGAGAAGCUUGUUAUGCGAGAGAGCUUGUCAUGUUUAGUGGUCAACCUAUACCCCGGCAAUGAGGGUUAUUCUCUGAUGCUCAGCAGAGAAGAUGGGCCAGAAUCUGAGACCAUUCACCUGCCUUAUGAAGAGAGGGAAUUGCUUGAAUACUUGGAUGCGGAAGAAUUACCUCCUAUUUUGAAUGAUCUCCUGGAAAAAUUUCAGGUAAAUAUUUUUUACUCUGGAUGUGUCAUCGCAGAAAUCCGUGACUACAGGCAGUGCAGUAAUAGGCAGCCUCCUGGCUACCAAAGUCGGCAUGUUCUCCUACGUCCAACAAUGCAGACUUUAGCCUGUGAUGUGCAUUCAAUAACAAGUGAUGGCCGUAAAUGGACCCAGGAAGACAAACUUGCGCUUGAGAGCCAACUGAUUUUAGCUACAGCUGAACCCCUGUGUCUUGAUCCUUCUGUAGCAGUAGCCUGCACUGCAAACAGACUGCUGUAUAACAAGCAAAAGAUGAACACUCACUCAAUGAAACAGUGUUUAAAGAGGUCUUCUAGGUGCUCUCUGAACCAGCCGUUAGAGCAGUCUGAUUGCCAACCACCACCUCAGCUAAGAUCAUUCACUUCUUGCCAAAUAAAUGAAGAAAGAAAAGCAGGUGAUCAAUAUGACCUCAAAAUUUUUGAAGCAGGAAAUUGCCUGGAUAUGUGGAAGCAAAGUCCUUGUAAUCCGGCCAUGCCUUCUGAAGUGGACGUAAAUGAUGAUUACUUAUUUGACUGUGAAGCUGAUGAUCAGUAUCAUCAAACAGUGCUGAGUGCCAUGCAGUCACUUAAUGACCCACUUUUCUCUGAGACAGUACAGCCCUGUGAAGAUGAAGAAAGUGAGAUGUCUCCAUUCCACUUCUCCGUAGAUGAUCAUUCAGAUCAGUUCACGAUUGGACCAGAGUCUGCUGCUGAGAAGAUAGUCAUUCAGUACCAGGACUUCGUCGAAAAGGAAUGCCCAGUCAGGAUGCCACACAGCUCCAGUGGCUCAGCCAGACUGCGCCGUUCCGCAAGGAGAGGAAUAGAACAACGUCAGAGAGUGUUGGUUCGGUCUUCAGUAUUGGGGAAGGAAGCAAAACAUCCACCUCCAUGCACCAGGCUUCCCUCAGGCUCAGGAAGUCGUUCCUCAGUUUACCAUUCUGCUCCACAACAGGCAAACAGCUUUCUUAAAUCUCCAAAUCCUACUGUCUCUAACCCAUCGGUUCCUUCUCAGAAGUCAUCUGUGGACCUCAAUCCAGUUAGCACGCUUUCUCCAGAGGCCCCUCCACCUGUCAACUCAUCACAAAAGAUCAUGACCACAGUGGUCGUGGUAAAAUAUGGUAGACUGAACUCCACCAAUGCCGUGAGCUCUGUUCGUGGAGCACAGGCUUCGGUGAGUGGCUCAAAGCCCAUGCUGGGCUGCAGCCCUGGUGCCAGAACUCCUGCAGAAAAAAAUCUGAGUCGCCGUCUACCCUCAGAAGUUCCACUACCAACUGCAGUGCCAGGUGGAAUCAACAGCAGCAGCUCUCUCAGCGUACUCCAGAACAACCACCUCACCAUUCCACAACGCAUCCUCGACAGCCAAGAGGACGGGGCUCUGCACAGGGUUCAACCAGUCAAAAGAGACCUGAGCAAAGCCAUCCUCACCAGAGAGUCCAGAUCCCUGCUGCCCUUCCACAGCAGCAGCCACAGAUACAACAGUCGAAAAUCUUGCAGCGUUCAGUUUCUGUGGCCAAGGCAGCCACACAGGCAGCUAAUCCCCGUCGUCACCGGCGUAUAG